AUGAUCAAACGCCGCCGUAGCUCCAUCGUUAUCCUUUCAAUCCUACUUACCUUUACCCUGUCUCUCCUUACUUGGAUUGAGUGGGAAGACGAGCCUCUGUAUGAACUCCCAGACUUCCUUCAUCCCUUCCAAGCCAACCAGAGCUCCCCUCCAUCCCUCCGGAGCUCAGCAACAUUGUACGACUCCAACUUCAGCUUCUCCCUUAAUCUGAGCGAAUAUUCCAUGCACUACCCAGCUCUCCAGAGCUAUAGAUGCAGGGCAGCCAUUGACUUAUUCGGAUACUGCUGGUCUAAUGAUCCUUUAAUACUGCUGGCAAUAAAAUCCCACCCGGCCUCAUUCACCAGGAGAGAUGUCCUGCGUCAGACUUGGGCCAGGGAGAAAAAGAUUCUGGAAUAUAGAGUGAAGCCUGUGUUCCUCAUGGCCAAUUCUGGCAAGCGUCACCAGAUGGAGAGGGUGGUGAAGGAGGCCUUUUACAAUGGGGACAUCAUUCUAUGGGAUUUUCUGGAAAGCCAUCACAAUCUCUCUCUAAAAGAGAGAUGUUUUUUGGAAUGGAUUUAUCACCGCUGUCCAGAGGCCAAGUACAUAUUCAAAGGUGACGAUGACGAGUUUGUGAACCCCUACGCCAUUGUAAGUUAUAUACAGCACUCUCUUCCUCCACAUCCUCUGAAAAUCCAUGGCCAACUUCAAAUCCACCCACCUCCGGAGCGCUCGGGGAAGUAUGCCGUUCCUUUCUCCUUUUACCCACACGGGCACUACCCUCCAUUUGUUUCUGGUGGGGGGUUUCUUCUUCCGGGAGAGCUGAUUCCUUCUCUUUACUUGGCUGCAUCCACCAUCCCUGUUUUCCCACUGGAUGAUGUAUUUUUUGGGUUCCUAGCGCUGUCCGCCAACAUUACCUUCCACCACGAACCCCGCUUCUGUUCAUUUGGGUUAAAGGCAAACAGACUAUGCCAAUACGUUGAUGUUUUAGUGGUCCAUGGAUUAACGCCAAAAAAGAUGCUGGAGAUCUGGAAAUAUCUGCCGAACACUGCAUCAUGUUCACCCAGUGAGAAGACACCGACGGAGGACACAAAGAGGAAAACUUUAGUUAAAUAACAAACAAACUUAUUAAACUUACAGAUCUUUGAUAAAAAUUACUAUGUUCUUUUACACCUGCUUUUCCCUUGGUAACAUCACUGGGGACAGGACUGACUCAUAG